GGUCGUGAGUUUCGGUUGCUGCAAGACGACGGGGAACAAUGUAGACGAAUACGGGCCAAGAAGUUCAGGACCAUUCACCAAUUCAGCUAGUGGCAGUUUGAACCCGUGUACCACUGAGAUAUUUCUCCCUCUGUGUUUGCCAUCCCCUGGGGUUUGUGGAUGCCGUGAUGAGGCCAAUAUUUCCCCUUGGAGAUCUGUGGAGGGGUUCCGCCCUUCUGCUCGUAGCCAUCCUCGUGGCUUGCUUAGUAUCGUUUUGCCAGGGUGCUAGACAACUGUCAAUAGGUGCUAUUUUUACCGACAAAUUGACCACUUCAUUCUUCGGGUUCCGUCGAGGUGCCAUCCUUCACAAUGUGGCAAACAACGGGACGGAUUCCGUACAGUUUGUGGGGUUUGAAAAGUAUGUCAGCGACUCUAACAGCUUCGAGUUGGGUCAAAAAGUAUGUGAUCUCUUCACAAACGGAAUCCUACUAAUAGGAGCCGAUAUCGAGACGCCAUUGAUCCCCACUGCGCUGUCCUACAGUGGUACCUUCCACAUCCCUAUCAUUAUCACAUCACUCUCCAAGCGGGACAUGGGACUCAAUACCACUGGGACUAGAGACUACCUGGUAUCCUUGAUGCCGUCGCUGGUGCCCGUCGUGGUUGACCUAGUACGGUUUCACCAGUGGAAAAGAUUUGCAUUUAUUUAUGACGGCGAUAAAGGACUACUCCGGCUGCAUGCACUCAUGGAGAGGCUCUCAUUCAAAACCUAUGACGUAGCGUUCCGGAAAAUCAACAACAGGUCCUCAAUAAUCCAGACACUCCGGGAGUUCCGUGAUACCAAACGCCAGCAGAUCAUUUGCGAUACAAGCAACAAGAACACCAAGUUACUAAUGGAACAGAUACCACUGCUUGGCAUGGUGACUGCAUCGUAUCACUACAUAUUCAUGGAUCUUGAUAUUGAUAAAAUCAACAUGGAGAAGUUUCAAUAUGGUGGGAUGAACGUCACCGGAUUCAACAUCUUGAAUGAAACGUCGUUUAACUUCAUCCAGAUGAAAAGAGCAUGGGAUUACAUCAAGUUACAGAAUACAUCGACCAUAAGCAGACAGAAGAAUGUACUGACUCAUAGAUCCGGACUGAUGAUGGACCUUGUCGAUGUCAUGGACAAGACGGUGAAAAUCUUAAAACAAGAAAAGAAACUUGAACAGUUUGACAAUCGAGGCCAGAGGAGUUGCGACGAUGAUCCGUUCAGACCAUGGGAGUUUGACAAGAAUGUUCUCCGGUUCUUGAAAAGGGUGUCCUUUACAGGUGCUACUGGUCCAAUAUCUUUUAAUAAUUUCGGAGAGAGAUCAAACUACGUUUUCAAUAUACUGAGUCUGUUCGAUGACGGAAUGCAAAAGAUUGGAACAUGGGAUGCCAAAGCUGUGAAACAACUUAAGUUUGACAACGUUGCCUACGCUAACGGCAAUGGUCCUGGCAACUCCAAAAAUAAAACCUACUUAGUAACAUCUGUAAUUGAACCCCCAUACUUGAUGUUGAAGGAGCCCCGACAUCUAUAUUUUGGUAACAAUAGGUACCAGGGCUACGCCAUCGACCUACUGGAGGAAAUCGUCAAAAAGACCCCGUUUAAAUACAAGAUCAACCUGGUGCAUGAUAAGGCAUACGGGAUACCCAUCAACGGCACGUGGAAUGGCAUGGUGGGAGAGCUGGUAGAUGGGAAAGCGGACCUCGCUGUAGCGCCGCUUACGAUCACAUCGGAUCGAGAGAGAGUCAUAGACUUUACCAAGCCCUUCAUGAGUUUAGGCAUCAGUAUUAUGAUCAAGAAACCCCAGACGACUAAACCGGAUGUGUUCUCCUUUAUGCACCCUCUGUCCUACGAGAUCUGGAUGUGUAUUGUGCUCGCUUACGCAGGAGUAAGUGUGGUGUUGUUUCUCGUAAGUCGCUUCAGUCCCAAGGAGUGGUACCCGAUUGAGUACACUCGGGUACCGACAGACGAGGCGCCGAGCGGUACCAAUCAACUCAACGAUAAGACUACCAAUGACUUCGGAAUCACAAACAGUCUUUGGUUCUCGUUCGGAGCUCUCAUGCAGCAAGGAUGUGAUAUAUCGCCAAGGUCGUUGUCCGGUCGCAUCGUGGGGGGAGUCUGGUGGUUUUUCACCCUCAUCAUCAUCUCGUCUUACACGGCCAACCUCGCUGCUUUCUUGACCGUCGAGCGAAUGGUAACAAACAUCAAAUCAGCCCAAGACCUCGUCCAGAGCAAAGACGUUUCUUACGGCAUGCUUGGGGAGGGAUCCACGCUGGAGUUCUUCAAGCAAUCCAAAAUCCCCCUGUAUAUGGAUAUGUGGACUUACAUGAACAACUCAGAGAGGUCGGUCUUAAUGACCAGCAACGAGCAAGGGGCUGAGAGGGUACGUCACAUGAACGGCAAGUUCGCCUUCUUGAUCGAGUCCACAAUCAACGAAUACUUCAGUCAGCAGAAGCCAUGUGACACCAUGAAGGUGGGACAGAACCUUGACUCCAAGAGCUACGGGAUUGGUGUCUCCAGGAACCUGAUUAAAUUCAGUGACGAUUUGACGCUAGCCAUUCUGCAGUUACGGGAGGAAGGAGUGCUUGAUGCACUGCAGAAGAGAUGGUGGUUCGAUAAGGGUGAAUGCCAUGAAGCCAACGCGGAUGCAAGCUCUAAUGCCCUGAGCUUGAGUAACGUAGCGGGCGUGUUCUACAUCUUAGUCGGCGGUCUCUCCAUGGCUCUCUUCUCAGCAAUCAUUGAAUUCUACUGGAAAUCAAGAUCGCAAUCUAGAAAGCAAAAGACGAGCCUAGCUGCUGCUAUGAGAGCUAAAGUACGUCUCUCGGUUACCGGGGAGAAUGCGGACUUAGCAAGCCAGCUGCACCCCAAGGGCAACGCGUCUGCUCCCAGUACAGAGACCGAGACCACACCAAUAGAUAAGUCAAAAGACUCGUCACCAGAAGGCAAUCACACGGAAGUGUAAACACCAUCAUGACGUCAUCACUGUUCUUUUAAGUAAUACUUAUUGUAAAUAUCUUUAAAAACAAAACAUUGCUGACAAAAACGUUGUAGCAUAAAGAAACGUAUAAAACUGCACGCCAAAGUCUUUUAUAACAAAGACGAAAUAGCACUGGCCGCCCUGUUUGUAUUAUCACACUAAAUGUACGAUUUAGAUCGCUGGUUUUUUUUUAUUUAUUUUUUUUUUUUAUAGUUAUUGUACGAGUUUCUAAUCAUUGUUUGUGUGUAAAUAUAUAUAAAUUGUAAAACUUUACAAAUCAAGUAUAGAAAAAAAAACACACACAAGGGAAAUUGAUUGUUAAACCAGUUUGGGUUUGAACAAACAAAUAUUGACUGGAGCGGGACUUGAACCAAUUACCUCCGUAUUAACGUGCUGUACCAACUGAUCUAUUUAGCCCUGAUGUUGGCGGUCUCUCUAUUUUGACACCGGAGAUGGGAGACUUUUGGACGCCAGGGGGCAGCAGACUUACCAAAUAACUUUCCAUUGUUUACGUAGUUCUGAGCCUGCGCACAUUACCGAGAACAAUGGAUUUUACCUGGUAAGUCAGCUGCCACCAAGCGUCCCAAAGGUAUCCUAUCUAGGAGCGCCGGCUACGUAACCGAUAAGUUACAGGUUCAAUUCCAACUAUUGUCAACGUGUCUUUGUUUCUUUCGAAAUAUACGUGUACAUGUAUGUAUAAAUAAAUGUAUGUUUUCAAUUUAUAGAUCUAAUUGCCAUCAGUGUUAUGCAAAUGAGAUGCAAAUUCAGCCUGUUUGAAUCGUGUGUGUAUAAAUAUUAUAAAGUUGUAGGCCAACUGGUAUUGUAGAAUAAUGGAUAUAAAUGCAAUUUGUAUUAUAUUAAUUUAAAGGAACACGUUGCCUUGGAUCGGCGAGUUGGUCUUUGAAAAGCGUUUGUAACCGUUUGUUAU